AUGAGUGCCUCCUCUGGUCUUGUUACUCAACCUGUUAGAAUAAAAAGGGUUGCGGUUGACAAUAAACUGACCAAAACAUCAAAAUCCAACAGCACAGAUUUGGCCUCAAGCUCUAGUUCCGAAUCAUCUGACAAACGACUAAUAAAUAUACGCCUCAACAUAUUACGAUGGCCUACCGUAUUGUGUCGCACAACAAAAAUCUCACGACAACCACCCCCAGAACCCACGCUGGUGCAUGAAAAAUUUAUUUAUCUUGGUGGAUUAAAAUCAUUGAAUAAUAAAACUCGUUUAUCUCGACUGAAUAUUACGCACAUUUUGUCUGUUGUUUAUAUUCCACCAAGUAAAGCAACAAUUUCUCUAAAUAAAAAUACUAAUUUCAAACAUUUAUUUUUAAAAGCUGAUGAUUCUAUUGAUUUUAAUAUGACCGUCCAUUUUGAACCUGCUUUUGCGUUUAUCGAAGAAGCCCGAUUGGCAAAUAAAUCAGUUUUAUGUCAUUGUGUAUGUGGUAUCUCUCGUUCAACAACCAUCGUCUGUGCGUAUCUUAUGAAAUAUAAUUCAAUGUCAUUAGAAAAUGCCUUACUUCAAAUAAAAUCAAAGCGAUCAAUUAUACAACCAAAUAUUGGAUUUUUAAAACAAUUAGUCGAAUUCGAUGAGCAAUUGAAAAAAGACCGAGAACAAUCGAUUAAUAAUGGAAGAGGAAUUGAAAAUUCUACAAUUGAGAACCUUGCAGAACAAAUGACACAAGUUAAUUUUGACUAA